AUGGCAUCUCAGUCGCCAGACAAGGCACGAGUAAGGGGCUUGCCUCCGCCCUACAGCGAGACUGUGCAGUUCCAGAUCCGCCGCAAACCAAUUAAAAACCGUGGGAAUAAUCCUCAUGGCGGCACUGUAGACGAUCCCGUCACAACGACAAAGGCACAGGAUGAAGCACUAGAACAGCAGAUACUUGAGGUCCAGGCUCUAGAGAAAGAUCGACCGCGACCCGUUAAUGUAUCAUUGCAAACGGCGUCGCUUCCUAGAGCUCAUGCUGAUUAUGGUCUGGUAGCCAGUCCUGAUGCCCUCAGCAGCUCUUCGACCUCAACGAAGCUUAAUUCAGCUUCUCCUACGCCGGAGGAAACUAGCCCGGUGCAAUCAUCCAACUGGAAGAAGACAACAGCAGAUCACGCUCAAAAGGCUCUGGAGGAGGCAAAGCAUUUUGUCGGAGGAUUGGUCGCGCAUCCAAGUGUCAGCACCAAGCACUAUAGCAUAUUACGCCACUCUCAUGGCAUUGUAUUCUAUCAGGGAAGCAACACCUUUCUAGCCAUUUCUAUUUUUGCCGAUGAGCCACUGCCGCUAGACCGAACAAUUUGGAUGCAAUGCAAAGGAUGGACUGGAAAGACCGGAAUGCGUGCCAAAGCCCUCUUUGGGUUGAACGAUAGUUGGCUUAAUGUCACACCUGGAAUGGCAAUCCAGUCCGAUCAGGUAACCGCAAGUGAUGAACGAGCCUGGCAGAGAGAUAUCAAGCGAUUUAAGAAGAAAGCAACAAGCUCUUCUCAAUCGCGUCAUAUACUACGCGAAACAGCCAUUAUUCGCAUCCCUGUUGAGGCUACCGAUGCCUAUUAUCAGUUUGUAUUAUGUCAGGGUGACAAUAAAAGGAAGCCUCUAUGUACUAGUCCCGUCUUUCGGGUGGUUUCGACCUCAUCAGACCCGUCGUCAUUACGUGGUGCCAGUUUGAGCACUUUACCGUUGGAGCUGGGGGCCUGGGCUGGAAGUUUGUAUCUUCGCAACACAGCGGCAAAGGUAGUCACCCCUGUGACGUCUCAAAUACAGACCGCAACUCAAGGUAUUAUGCCGUCUUCCAAAACCCAAGCAGCUGCGCAAACCGCAUACUCGGUCAGUGGCUUUGAAGAUCGGGUGAAUUCCAACAUCGAGGACGCCAACACUAGCUACAUUCAGACAGAAGGCUUAGCAUACACGCGACUUGGAGGUGUGGAAAUUGAUAUUGAGUCGGGACCUGUCUCACCCUAUCCAAUUAACUUUGUGGCCCGAAUUGAUGUUUCAGGUGGACCUCCGAAUGUUGAUACUACCGGACUGCAUAGGAUCCCGCUUGUAGGAGUGCCGUCCCAUAUCCUACAGAGACUUCACGGCCAUUAUUUCGGCUGGGCCAAAUUAUCCUCCGCGGGGCAAAAUGGGUACGCGAUAGGUGAUAUGAAUAGCGAUGCUUUCACAUGGCAACGAUGUAUCAUUUUCGCAUCCAGCAUCGUUCUACAAGAAAAAGUAGCAAAUGUACGAUCUCAGAAAUCGCUCCGUGUCAAUGCUUCAGUUCGGUUCAUCGAUGAGAUUGAUAUUCCACCCACAGCAGAACUUCGAAUCCGCAUCAUGGGCUUUAUCCGCCCUGCAGACUCAAUCUCAAGCCAUGACACUCAUCAGACUGGGUUGGAAGAACUCCUAGUCCUCGAAGCUUGUGAUAUCGAACUCACCCACAGUACCCUGGAUCAUCCCGCUUGGGGCCCCGAAACACCGUCUUCUAUAGCAAGUCAGAGGUCUGGUGACUUGCUCGAUACCUCUUCUCGCAGUUUCCUUGAUAAGACCAAGGAUGGUUACGCAAAUGCGCGACUGGCAGGGCAACGCGCUGUUGGACAAAUUCCCUUUCAUCGAAUUGGAAUCAGGGUACAAACAGACAUUUUCAGGGACAGGAAUAUUACUGUAAAUGGUUUCUUUAUUCCGCGUUAA